CUUACUCCAGUAAAGUAGCGAAUGCGACUUUUUUUGGAUUUCAUAGGUUACUCCUCAAGUGGAGAGGCAGCAUCUACAAACUGCUGUACAGGGAAUUUAUUGUUUUUGCUGUUUUUUACACAGCAAUAAGUUUGGUGUACAGGUACUUUCCUUUGCAUGUCUCCCUCGGUGGCCAUCAAGUAUCACGUGAGAAUACAGUCUCAAAAAUCUGAGCCCUGCGGUAGCUGCUGACUGGCGUAUGUAACCUCCUUUGCAUGAUCCUCUCUCUUGCCUCCUCCCCGAGACAGGGUAUUCUGUCCACGCCAACCGUGUUUAGGACGGUAAAUAGACUCACGCUGUCAUGUUCAGGUGGUUCUCAUUCCAGCCCCACAUGAAGUGAUCGUGACGAGGCAUUAGUUGUGCAUCAAGAAUGUUGCUAGAGGCACAGAAUGAAAGAGUUAUACGUACUAGCAGAUCCUCGAUAUGUAAUGAUUUUGAAUGGCAAACUCCACAGAUGAAUAAUUUCUGAUGCCUUUCUCAACUAUGUCGCUCAUAGUCUGAAUCUGUGAUUUGAAAGCUUAUAGCAACUAUCAUUGUAAUGAACGUGUCUGUGGCUGGUGUCUAUCAGGCAUGUACACCUAACCUAGGGAAGUCCCUUCCUUUUGCCUGGAGUCCACCAACCUCACCAAUACCUCAAAGAAAAGGCCAGCAAACUCACUGAUUGUCUUUAUAUCUUCUGAGCUCAGGCCGUGCUAUGUUUACAAAAGGGAUUUUUUAUUUCUUAUCACUUCACAACCUGUGCCUGUCAGAAUGACAGAAAUGUGAGCAAUAUUAUGUCCAAAAAAUACUUUUAUGACUAAAAAUUAGUCUUAAUACAAUUUUACCAGUAUUAUAAACUAGAUGAUCAAAAUUAAAAUUGAUUGCCUACAUUUCUUCUCUGGGGGGAAUUAAAACAAAACAGAAAAGCUAAAGGUUUUUGAGGCUGUAUUUCCACCUUUUCUAUGUACAUCAUUUGUUAUUUUCCUUCUGCAUACAAAUGAACACAUUUGUGUAGCAUUGCUCUCACCUAACAUUCUUCCUUGCAGCAAUGGGACCCCAGUUGAAGAAGAGGGAUAUUAAUUUGGUUGGCUGAUAAUCAUCAAAAGUAAAAUAGAAAGGUCUAUGUAGCUAACUAUCAAAAUCACUAGUUCAAUAAGCAUAUAUAUUGGUAUACAUUUUGACCAAAUGUCUUUAAUUGGAAUGUUUUAUUAAAAACCUCUAAUAAUUUUUUCAGAUAUCUCUGAUAAUAGUAUUUUGACAACUUAUUUAUGUCUUACCUAAUCCUUCAGAAUAUGAGAUGAUGAAAGACACAUGACACGGAUUGUCUCAGUUUAUUUUUACUAAUGUGAAUUAUUGCUGCUACUGCUGCUUAGAAGAGAAUAGCCCUUAGAACGGUUGCAUUGUAGCCAGAAAUGCUCCAUGGAGCUUUAACUUUUGCUCCAAUAUCUUAUUUACACCCCACAAAAUUAUAUGCAUAUAUUUUUUCUAAAAACCAAAGAGUGCUUACACUUAUAACAAUAACCAUUAGUUCAAGUCAUUCUUCGUAUUUUGAAGUCCAAUUGUAAAAACUUGUUAAAAUAGAUCCUUAUAUCUUGAUCAAAGGUACACCAAAAACUAUCAGCUGAAUUUGUCGAAAAAGUCAAGUAGACAUGUAGAAAAAUAUAGACAUAGUUUUCUUCGCAUGUCUACUAAUGACCCUACUUUUUUAAUCCUAUUAAAAGCAAAUAAAUGUACUUAGCAAAAGUCAUAAGACAGAGCCAGAACUCAUUAAUUUGAUUACAUCUCUUCCUAAUUUUGUAUGGAUGUGACAAAAUAAUUGCUGCAGUACUUUCUAACUAGUAAAGUUUCUGUAUGUGUCUAUUAGUUAAAUAUUUUUCCUUUGACCAAUUAUUAAUAAGAACAACCACUUUGUUAUUGAUUAAGUACAACGCCAGGUGUUAUGUUGUUUUAUAUCUUAUUUAAUCCUCAUAAUAUCCCUGAUGUCGAGAUAUUAUAUCCCCAUUUACACAUGAGAAAACAGAGGCUCAGAGAGAUUUUAAAAUAUGCUCAACGUUAAAUCUGUAAGUGACAGACCUGGAAUUCAAACCUGGCUUCCCCUGACACCCUGGCCUGGCUUUCCACUAUUAAAUCCUCUUUGACCAUUUCUAUUUGAGUAUCGGAAACCAUUCUGGCUGUUCAUCGGCAUGAGCCGAUGGGUCUGCAAAAAGGUGAUGCCUCUCCUGUCAGCUUCUCCUGACUCCAGAGUUUCUGACCACUCUUCCAAAGCUGAGGCCAGAGCUCCAAGCCCACCCCACGCCCCGUACCCCGCAUCCCAUCUUUGUCAGACCAGCUCCCAUUCCUUCAUCUGUAAUCUGACUGGUGGCUCACUGUUCCCUCAUUAUCCCCCUACUUCCUUCAUCAAAGUCCUACUGACCCAGAUAGGCCUCUGCAGCACGUUAACCUGGGCCUUCCCAAGGGCUUCCUUCUCCUUGGGAGCAGCUACCCUCAUUCACUGAUGCAAAUUCAUCUCUGUUGCUUCUCUUUCCAGAUUUUGAUCAUUAUUAACCUGCCUGGAGACAUUCCUUCUGAUUCUGAAUCUCCUCCCUACAGCAUAAAUAUUAAUAAUAGUUCCAUUAAAUGAAUUUAUGUUUUAACAGUAUCGUGAAGUGAACUUGGGUCAGAUCUAUAACACAAAUGUUGAUAUUUAUAUUAUGUUAAUAUAAACCCACUAAAUAUAAUAAUAAAAAUGUCCACUUCUAAUUGUUAAAUCUGUUAUUUUACAUUUUAAAUAGUUGCAGGAUUUAAAAUAAAGUUAUACUAUCCCUUGAAAUACAAUACAGAAAAUCAAGAAUGUGCUGAGUAGCAUAUUUAAGAAAAAGUAAGAUCAAGAUGUCAAGAUCAGGGUGAUUAUUCAAUAAUAACUUAAUCACUGUAAUCCUCUUAAUCAAGAUUUUUUUUUUCUCUUUGAGUACAUCUAAUGAAUGAUUGAAAAACCAACUAUUUGAUGAGGUAUUGUGCUCCAAAUCCAAUGCAAUUAAUCAUAUAAAAGUUUAAAAUAUAAAGUCUUUAAAAAUAAAAUGUUUAAUAAAUGUAGUGUCCAAUAACAUUUAUGUAAAAACAUUAGUACUGGAAAGAUUCAGCUUUUGAGAUAUAUCAGCUUAGUUAGAAAGGAAAAAGUUAUUGCUCCUUAAAAAAAACAUUUUACGAUUAUUUGUGCUUAAUUGUUUGCACUGAAUAUCACUUGCAAAGCAGGUGCAGAAGUAUAAUAUAAAGGGCUGUGCAUUUUAUUUUUGCUCUAGAUUGUUACUUACAGGAGCCCAAAAACGUUACUUUGAAAAAUUAUCAAUUUACUGUGACAGAUAUGCUGAACAAAUUCCAGUAACCUUUGUGCUUGGUAAGUAUAGGUCACACGCAGAAUGCAGCCACACAGCUGUCUCCGUUAGGAUGACACCGAUGACUGCAUGGGAGUGUUUCUGAGCUGCAAGGCAUGCCUGAAAAGCCGCCGCUCGCGCUAGAACCAGAAUCACCCGUCAGGUUCACCUUCAGGGCUGCUUUCGCUAAAUUAACCCCAAACAAGUUUGAGGGUUUUACGUCACGCUGGUAGUGAACCGAUGGUGGAACCAGUUUGUGAACCUGCCCUGGCCGGACAGGCUGAUGUUCCUCAUCUCCAGCAGCGUGCACGGCAGGGACGAGCGCGGGCGCCUGCUCCGGAGGACACUGAUGCGCUACGUCAACCUCACGUCCCUGCUCAUCUUCCGCUCCGUGAGCACCGCGGUGUACAAAAGGUUUCCCACGAUGGACCACGUGGUGGAAGCAGGUUUUAUGACAUCAGAUGAAAGAAAAUUAUUUGACCACCUCAAGUCUCCUCAUCUGAAAUAUUGGGUUCCAUUCAUCUGGUUUGGAAAUCUGGCAGCGAAAGCCCGGAAGGAAGGUAGAAUCAGAGACAGUGUUGAUCUGCAAUCAUUGAUGACUGAAAUGAACCGGUACCGCUCUUGGUGCAGCCUCUUAUUCGGUUAUGACUGGGUUGGGAUCCCGCUGGUCUACACCCAGGUUGUCACUCUGGCUGUCUACACCUUCUUUUUUGCGUGCCUGAUUGGACGCCAGUUUUUGGAUCCCACCGAAGGCUACGCUGGGCAUGACUUGGAUCUUUACAUUCCAAUCUUUACUCUCCUACAGUUCUUCUUCUAUGCCGGAUGGCUCAAGGUGGCUGAGCAGCUCAUCAACCCUUUCGGAGAAGAUGAUGAUGAUUUUGAAACGAACUGGUGUAUUGACAGAAAUCUGCAGGUCUCUCUUUUAGCUGUGGAUGAGAUGCACAUGAGCUUACCCAAGAUGAAGAAAGACAUUUACUGGGACGAUUCUGCUGCUCGCCCCCCAUAUACACUGGCAGCUGCUGACUACUGCAUACCCUCAUUUCUGGGGUCAACAGUCCAAAUGGCGCUGUCCGGGUCCGACCUGCCCGGCGAGGAGUGGCUGGACUACGAGAAGCACGGCCACCGCCGCUCCAUGAUCCGCAGGGUGAAGCGCUUCCUGAGCGCCCACGAGCACCCGGGCAGCCCGCGCGGCCGGCGCUUCGCCCGCCAGGCCAGCGAGAGCUCCGCCUUCUUCCCGCCCGGCGACCUCAGCCCCCGCCGCGACCUCCUGGACGUGCCGGCCCGCAGCCCGCGCCGCGCCGCCAAGCCCGCGGCCCCCGACGGCGGCGCGCGGCACGCCAGCCUGGGCGAGCUGUCCACCAUCCGCGAGGCCAGCCGCACCAGCACGCUGCAGAGCCUCAGCCCGCAGCCCAGCCCGCGCGGCUCCCCCGCCGCCAUGCCCCAGGUCCCCGAGCUGCGCGUCACCGCGCCGGGGCCCGCGGCCGCCGAGGACCUGGGGGACUCCACCGCCUCCCUGCAGAGCUUCGACUUCACCGGGGUGCAGCCCGGCGGCCCCGGGGACCCCCUGCGGCUCAUGGUGUUCCCCUCCGGGGAGGGGACGCCGCCGCGAGGCCCCAGUCCCCAGACUGUCUCCAUCCAGGCUGAGCCAGACCUGUUCCCCUUCUCCCCGGAGGAGGACCCUUUCGCCAACGACUCGUACCCCAAAAGGUGGAGCCUGCCCGGGUUCCUGGAGUCCAGCCACACCUCCCUGGAGGCCCGAGGGGGGCCCGAGCCCGCCGCCAACCCCCCGGAGCCGCCCCUGCUGCUCGACCCAGAGACGUCCUCCGAGGCCAGUGGCAUCAACUUCGUGGCCGGCCCGCGAGCCUCCCGCGACCUGCUGUAUCUGAUGGAGACGCUGGACACCAAGGAGACGGACAUCAUAGAAUUCAACAACGAGCGGGCGGACGGAUCGCCCGGGGGAAGGCCAGCCGCCGGCUCCAGGACCUAGGGCUCGGCUCCAUCCUUCCUUCCUUCCCCUGAGCUCGGCGUCAGGUCCAGGAUGUGUCCAGGGCUGGUCAGUUGUUCAACAGCAAUCACACUGUAUAAGCUAUGUAAAACUCUGAAGGGCAUUACGAUCCGGGCGUUUUCAACCGAGAAAAUCCAGCUGAUUGGCUUCUAUGGACUUAAUCCUGACCGCAGUGAUGUAUCUUAACCAAAUAAGGAGCCUUACAUACACAUGUGAUUUAUAAACUCACAGAUUGUCCGCUUUGGAAAGCACCUGAGAGAUCAUAAUCCAACCCCCUGGCUUUGCCAAGAGGAAGACUGAGAAUUCCCUGUUUGUUUCCUUUUUCUUCUUCUUUCCUUCAAUUGUAAAGACAGGGAAAGGGCUCGAACGCUGCAUCCUAAUUAUGAGCUUUUGUUUGAGGCUUUCCUACCAUUUCACUCCCACUUUCUAGCCUACUGUGAUCGCUUCCUACUAUUAAGCUUCCGUUCUUAAAUUUAAGCUUCAGCUCCCAUUUCCUUUUCUCCUUUCACCACUUCAUUUUUCUCUGUUCUCACGUUAUUCUCUCAUCUCUCUCUAGUUCCCUUCCUAGUCUUGCUCCUUUCCUACUACUCCAGUCUGUCCCACCCUGCAGGUUAUAAUAUUUGCUCUUGCCAACUUGAUUGCUUACCUUUCGCCAUGAUUUUCAAAAUGCGAGGCAUUGGCAAAGCCUCCCGCAGGAUAACUGAAGAUGUCAGCAAAUCCACUUGACGCGCUUCCAGCCUCUCGGUGGAGAGGGUGGGAGUCCAUGGCACCCGCACCCUGGGCAGCCAGGGCGUUUCUCUCCGUCUGCACCCUGAGGCCUGGACGAUGGAGAAAGCUGAAGCCAUGUGGGCAUGAGACAUAAAUAACCACAUGCUAUGGAACCAAAGAAUACUAACGCUCGAAAGUGUUUAACUCGAACUCUUAAAGCCAAAAUCCCAAUCUUGUCACAGCGCGGGACCACUUACUGUGUCUGCCAGGUGGUUGGGGAUGAGGGAGGACGUUGGAGCUGGAAGGUUUAGGGGGUCCAGGGCUGCACGAGGGGAUGGGACUGGGACUCACUCACACCAAGGAGUUCUUGGGGUGGCUGCCAGUGGGGGGCUCCCAAUUUUGUCUGGAAAGCCAUGUCUUAUGAGUGCUGCUCUCACUACUUCUGUCAUGUGAUGAAGCUUGACUACAUAAGGUUUAAGAAAUAAAACAACCCUAAUAGCCACCA